CGUAAAAUUUAUAAAGGUUAUUUAAAAAUGGCGGACGCAUCGUCUUCCGAUACUACCUCAGAUUGUUGCAUUGAAUGUUUUUCUGAUAUUUCCUCUGAAAAGUCCUCGCUGGAGUACGUUAUAGUUGGCCAGAAGCCGUGCACAUUACAUCGACGAAGCAAGAGAAACUUCCUGCAGAAGUUAUUCACGCGAGAGAUUAAAGGUUGUUUAUCAACGCACAACAAUGCAACAGAGGAAAGAUUAUUUACUUCUGUUCCUCCAUGGCGGCAUUUACCACUUUCACAUGUGGUACCCAAAUCUGCACUGGAAGCUGGGCAUAUUGUCAUGGGCUUGACACAGUGUGGUCAGUUUUUACUGACUUAUACAUACAGUUUAGAUGUAAGCGGCAACAGCUCUCUAUACAAAUACUUAUUGCAUUGGUGGGCAUUCACGCCAAAUCGUGUGGCGCGAAAGGUUGCCGAAGUCACCCUAUUCGGUAAUUACACCAUCUACAGAGAGCUGAAUAUAGUUAUAUCACAGUGGCCUAUGGAAAGGAACAAAUUGGUCAUACAUGGGCUCUGUACGGAUUGGUUGCACUUGCAACCAACAGACAGAGCCUAUUUGACCAUAACUACUGUACCUUCGCUACAAAAUUGCAAAGACUGUUUGAAAGUUGCUGCAUCUUACGAAGAGGAAGAUUUAGCAGCUAAUUGGGAUGGAUGCGUUAGGUGUAACUGCUUACAGCAUGGACUGACUGUUCACACAACUUAUGAAGUUAUCUCACCGUAUCCAAGGUUCCGGGCGGGAGUGUGUUUGAAAUACUGGAAUCACGUUGUAGUGAAUACAGGGAACUUUUUACACGUACUCAGGGUAGAUCUGGACACAGCUAAGUCUAAGAGUCAGAAGCCGAGCGAUAAACAGGACUCAGUUAUAGUUGACACCGUAACCUUAGACAUAAGCGAUGUCGAGGAAGUGGAUGAUACCAAGACAGAGUGUUUCGAAAACCUAGAUGAUAAAACGGACGCGACCGAGAAUACGAGCGAACGAUCACCAAAUCGUGAGCCAGUUCCUGAACGCGACGAAAUAAUGAAAACCGAAGAACGACUCGGACACGAGAUACCGUCAAAUACCUCAAGCAUUAAUCAAAGCGACAAUAUCUGUGAUAUUAGUAAGCCUAGUAAUAGCUUAAGCGUUAAAGUGUGCGAGUGUACGGAUAGCAUCGAGUGCAAGUGCGAUAACCUGAACUACAUCUCGCGGAUGGAGCAGCAGGCGAUAUCCGUCAGAGACAAGAUCCUCCAGGACUUCUGCGAGGACGUGUCCCAAGAGUUGAAUAUCGGUAGCGACCUAAUCACCCUAGUGAAGCAUCCUUCUUGUUCACCAAGAUCAACACCACAACGACUUCCAGCGGAUCUGCGACCCCUUACAUGGUCUUCGCCAAUACUUACUCCACCCUCGGAUAUCCUGAGGACACGUAACUCCGAAUCUAGUCAUAGGAGUAUCCGUAGUCAGAGACCGAUAUCUCCACAACCUGGUGCAUCAAAUGAGAGCAAUGCUAUUAGUAUAACUUCUAUUAAUUCACCGUUGCAUACGCUCUCUAUAAGCCCAUCUCCGUCAUGUUCUCCACGUCUUAUGUCUCCGCCUAUGACGAGGUCCUUCAGGCAUCUCAGUCCUCGUAAGAGAUCUACCUUGCAGUCUCCACCUCCAUCAAGCUUAACGUCACAACCCAGGACACGAGCCUCUCACAAACUCAUCCUCGAGGCAGAGAAGGCUUAUGAGUUCACGGAUGAAUCUCAAGAAACCUGUGAGAAAUUGAGCUCCUUCAGGAAACGAAGACUCGCUGACAAGAAGUAUGAAUUCUGUGAUGAAGCUGAGGAUGCUGAGAAUAUUGUCCCUUUCAAACACAUACGAGAUCAGUCUAAGCCUCGAGGAUGCUCUAUACAUCAAAUAUCACCAGUCACGUCACCGGUUAUACCCAAUGGUAGGCGACGCAGAAUGGAUUCUGAUCAUAGCGACUCCAGUGAAUUAAAUCCUCAAGAUCCAAAUUCUUUGAAUGAUAUUCAGAGUAUGGAAACAGCUGAGAAAUGCGUACUGCGACCACUCAAUCAAAAUCAAAUACCAAAUGGUGGCUUACACAGAGAUCGAUACAGCAAAUUAUGUCCCAAUUUCUCUCCGCUGGUUCCUAAAGUCACUCUACAGUAUCCUACAAUAAAAUGUACAGCGCAUUUCAAAAGAAGCUACAUCGAAUUGGAUGACGAGAUGGUGUCUGUAAUCACUGACGUUGAAGGUUUGGAGAACAUACUGUCCCAAUAUGAUGAAACUGGAGGUUAUGUCAGUUAUCAGUGUGUACUACCAAUGCAUGUGCAUGGGUCUGGCUAUGCACAAAUGCAAAUGAUCAGCAAUAGUAAAGCAGAAAAGAUGAUGGUACCUUGUGUAUUGGUGAACCAAUUAAGUUUUGAUAUUGAAACAUUCUCACAUCAUAUCGCAGACUGGAUUUGUACAAGAUUCAAAAAGAAAUACUGGCAUUGCAGUGAUUAUGAUAUUGAAAUCAUCGAUGUCUGCGCUCUUAGUGGGGAUGUCAUUUGUCUGCUUAUUAUGAAGAUACAAGCUAGCGAACUAUGCAAUCAGACACAAUGCUCACAGGACAGAAAGCAAUAUGAGGUGGGUUGUAAGUUCACAUGGAAUAUCGAUACAAAUCAAUAUAGAAUAACAGAUGUCUUACCGAUGGCUGAAGUCAAACCAAAAUCAUCGAAACCAUUAAAAGUACCUCACUUUCGAAGCCCAUUAUGGAAUCCAACGAAACUAAUGGCCCCCCAGAUGCGAGAAAAAAUCCAACAGCCAUAUGCACGUGCCGUACGGUUUCUUCACAACGACAUGACACUCGCAGGAGAGUCCAUUACCAGGCUUCACGACCUGGACAACCUCGUGGAAUUUUACAUAACUCCCUUGCCCAACGAUCCGUUGAUUUAGUGAGAAAAGAAAAUCUUGAGCAAUGACACGCAAUGCAAAUAAUAAAUUAUUAUCUGAUGA